CCAGCUCAGACUACCUCUGCACCAACGUCUCGCCUAACAACAAUCUCCACUUCAACACUGUCCAAUUCACCUCUCUACACCAGUGCUACUGUCUCCUCCACCCCUGUACAAACAUCCACCACUGCUACCCCAGCAACAUCUGCUCCUGAAACUACAAGUACGAGCUCUUCCACUCCAGAAGCAACCACAGCACUGUUGACAACAACCACAGUUCCCUCAACUAUGCAAGAAACCUCCAGUCCAACUGCUGAAACGACCAGCGCUGCAACAUCCAGCACAGCUCUCACAGCCACUUCUGCUCUGUUGACCAGCACUAGCGCCGGCACCACAACUUCCACCACCAUCUUCACAUCACACACGAGCAACCCUCCAUCUCUGACAAGCACACCAGGC